AUGAGAUCCAUCAUUUUCUUGAUUGUGAUACUGUGCGUGCUGCGCUCACAGCAGGCAGAUACAGAGCGAGAGUCAAAAGGAGACAGAGAUUCUAAGCAAGAGUCAGAAGAAGACAGAGAUUCUAAGCAAGAGUCAGAAGAAGACAGAGAUUCUAAGCAAGAGUCAGAAGAAGACAGAGAAAGCCAUACUACAGCUUCUUCAAAUGGCACUUCGAGACUCUCCAGUCACAUGGCUUUCCUCACAUUCGCGUUAAAUUGUCUUGGAUUGAUCCAGUAG